GACUUCUAAGUAAUUCUUGAUGUACUAUCAGUAGUAAGAAAGCAUCUUGUAGUCCGUGACGAGCGUGCCAGCUUGUGUCCGGCACAGGAACAUGUACUUUCAAUCAUGGAAACAAAACACUGAGUCAUCUUGCAAGUGCUCAUUUGUGAAGUCUACGGGGGACAAAUACCAAAAAGACUCUGGGACAACAAUUAAGUAUUUCAAGUGCAAUAGAGGAGGAAAACAUCGAUCUGUUGUGAAGGGACCGAGAAGGACAAAAACCCAAGGCUCAUGCAAAAUGGAAAGCAACUGUACUGCCUCACUUACAGCAACUGUAGAUUUAAAAGGAAAAGUGACAGUAGAGGCAGUACUCACCCACUAUGGUCAUGGACAUGAUAUCCAGCACCUUCGUUUGCCGACAGAAAAGAAAGAUGAAAUAGCUGCCAAACUGAAACAGGGAGUAACAAAGGAAAAAAUUCUACAAGAUGUAAGGGACAGUGUAUCAACUAAGAACAUAGGCAGACACCACAUUCUGGAGCGUAAAGACAUCCAAAACAUUGAAAGAGCAUAUGGGCUGAAAGAUGUUCAACGUCAUCCAAAUGACCAACAAAGUGUGCUUGCAUGGAUAACAGAGUGGAGUUGAGAGGAUAAUAACCCUGUAUUGUACUAUAAACUACAGGGGCAGAUAGCAGAGGAAGGGUAUGACCUACAGAAAUCCGAUUUUUUUAUUGUUUUGCAAAGUCAAAUU